AUGAACCAACUCGUUAGCUUCCUUUGUCUACUUUUUGUUUGCUUUAAUGUAGCUAUUUCAUCUGAGAACUCAGGCGUUUCAGUGUAUGAUCAUGAGAAUGAAACCCAACCAAUCAUCAAUUCACGCGACCGUUCUUUAUACUUUAUCCUUCAAAGAAUACAUUUAGAGAGUCAUUAUAGGGGAAUUAAUCUCACGCGUGAUACUUUGAUUCAUGGCGAAUUUCAAAUUAAUUGCCAUAGUACUCGAGACCGAUGUUUUGAUGAUUUAGAAGAUCGAAAAAUUCAGAAUUUUACAGCCAACUUUUGUUUAAUAUCAGGGACGAUGUCUGACAAUAUGGACUGUCGUUUUUUAAAACUUUCAAGAAAUAAACGUAAUUAUGCAGCUUUUGAUGUCAUGGAAGAAAAAUCAUAUCAGGUCUUUCAAGGACAAAACAUUUCCACGGUGGUACACCGAGAUAGAAAUUCAGCAGCCAAUAAUACUGUAUCGCCUUCAAGAACCCUUGACCUUUAUCCAUUUUUUGAAAACGGACAAGUUUCUUUACAUACCAUUACUUUUGCUACAGCCCGACCCAUAGGUUAUCUUUAUUUUCAAAUAAAUGCUCUUAAUGUCUUUGUACUAUCGUUUAUUGUUGUUGAGCCGAAUUAUGAAAAAUUUGAUGAUAUUAGAAGGACCCAUUUGUGCUAUGAUCCUACAGACAAACGAACGAUUCGAAUACUAAAUCGCAACGCCAAUUUAGGGAGGGCAGCUUUAGCUGUAUUUUUUCGAAAUCCUUUUGCUGGAGUCCCUCUUUCACUGAACGUAACGUAUCCAGGGAUUAUACCAGGAGACCUUCCUUUUGCUGAUAGGUUUCGCGAUAAUGACUGUUUUCAAGACCCUUUGAUACCCACGUUAUUAAACGGAACGAAAACAAAAUUGGAGGCUGAGAUAAUUCUUCAGAAUUAUUUUCAAUAUCUCAGUUCACAAUUUUGCUUUUUAUAUUUGUGUCCGGAUGAUUUUUGUGUCACAGUGAGAGAUUUGAAUUUAUUUAUGCGUGAUUUACAAAAAAAACAAACUCGUUCCCUUGAAGAAAUCAAUCCUUUUAGUGAUUCCAUACUAGCCAAUCGACUCCAUGUAUCAGGGGAUAUUUUAAAGAAAAAAUUUGGUAACCUGAUUCAACAAUCUUCGUCUCCAGCCGCAAGCACCUCUUCACAUGUCCCUGAAACAUUACAAAAUGUUAGGGAACCACUAUCUUUUAAAACAGGUGAAUGGAGAAGAGCUCAAUCGAUCAAAGUGUUGACGGAAGACAAUAAAACAUUGCCUGAAGAUUCUAGAAGGAUACAAAUAUCUCAAGAAACUUUACCCGACGACAAUUUGGAGAAACUAUCACAAGGGGAAGUUUUUAAUACAACAAACAAAGAAAAACGUUUUCAGCAUAAAAUACUUCACUUGAAUCGUUCAAGACAUGCACCAUUCAAUAAACGUUUUACUCAUAAUUCUUCCAUAAAUGAUUUUAAAGAGACAUUUCAUCAAAAAUUAAACAAACGAAGAAACAGCACUUUGGAAAUUCGAAAUGAAACGUUAUCACCAAUUGUGAGUUUAUCAGACAAAAUUAAAAAGUCAAGACAUGAAAAAAAAAACGCUGAAAACAAUGCGUCAAUUAUUCCACGCUUUAAUAAUCGUUUAAAUUCCCUUCAUUCUGAAAAGAACAAAGCCAACAGUCAAUUGAAUUAUUUAAAUAUAAACGCUUCGACACAUGGCUCAGUGCGAGAAAAUCGUCAAAGAAUUUUCCAUUUAAAAAAUUUAAAUUUUUUUAACGGCAAAAACCGUGCCAUUUACGUUCUAAAUGGUACGGAUCAGUCUCGUGAUUAUUUGGCUACUGUUUCAAAAUGAAAGCAGAAAUCUGUUACAGUUGUUUGAUAAAUUAUUUUAUAGUUUUAUGCAUUA